AUGCACGACGCAGCGCCGGCCUCGUACCAUGCACCGCAACCGCCUGCCCCACCUGUAGACGGCUAUGACCAAACCCGCCACUACUACUCUCACGAUCCGCCCAUAUACGUCGCGCCCGAUGAGCCCUUGUUGCCUGACGAGCCUCCGCCCUCGUACGACGACACGGUGGCAGUGAGCGGUGCGCCUCCGGACUACGGCACCUUUCGCCAAUAUGCCGAGUCGUCUGUCGCGAGCAGCGAAGUCGAAUCCUCGGACCGUUCACUGCCUGAGUGGCUUGGACAAAUCAUAGUCGUCUCCGUCUUUAUCUGUCUCAUAUACGGCUUCUGGAAAUUCAUCGACUCCCCCGAUCUACCCAGUGGUCGGUGGCCGGGCAACGGGCGUCUUGGACCGUCGAUGUGAGCCGGUAAUGGACAUUUCUACAACUUUGCAUAUAUAUGAUAUGCCACUGUCUUGUGGGGGCCAGGCUAUGGAUGUACGUGAUGUGAGGCAAGACGAGAAACCAAGUCUGUAGUCGAGGAUAUCCAGAUACAGACUCUAUCACAGGUCGGAGCAUGACGAGUAACAAGUCAGGGUCAGCAAGCACGAGAUUUGCGUUUUCACGAAGAUGACAUUUUUGGGUUUGUACGAACCGUUUAUUGGAUUUACGACUUGGGUUCCGGGAAUGGUGUUUUUAGAGGCGUGUAUUGCUUUGUCAUAUUCAAGACAUUUGGGUACUGGAAGGGACUUUACAUUUUAGAUUUGUUUG